AUGCACCUUCUUUUAAACCUUAUUGCGGUUGCAACUUCGUUGAUUGCGAAUUGUAAAACACAAAUGUCGGAUACACAGUGUUUGAUUUGUGAUGAAGGGUACUAUUUGAAGCUUCAAGAAGAUGGAUCUGAUAUUGUUCCUUCUUUAGAUUGUGCUAAAAUUGAAGAAGAUUUGUUCUGUGAAAAAAGACUUGGAGAUGAAUGUGUAUUAUGUAGUGAAGGGUAUUUUGUUCACUUAGGACAAUGCCAAAAAUGUCCAAUGGAGAAUUGCUUAUAUUGUAAUUUAACUCAAUGUUUCAAAUUUACACUGGUCCAACGACAUUCAAAGUGCUUGGGACUGUAG